AAGCAAAGGUAAAAGAAAAUAAAAAUGGUAAAAGAAUAACACUGAGCAACAAAAAGAAGAAAUACAUUUCUUCUUUGUUGACACUUGAUCGAACCUGAAAAUUCAGAAAGUGUAGUUUGAGUUUACAAUCGAUUCAGUCAAGGAGAAUUGUUUGGUGAAAGAAGCGUUUUCUUCAGAUCUCACAGGUGGAGAGCGAUGGAAUAUCUAGGGAUUGAUCUUAGCUGCGCCGUGGGAUCGCUCCGCCACGGCCACUUUCCGGAGAAGGAUUGCUUGCUCCCUCUCAUUUCCAAACUCCUCGGUUACGCCAUCGUCGCCGCCUCCACAACCGUCAAACUCCCUCAGAUUAUGAAAAUUCUGAAGCAUAAGAGUGUGAGGGGCCUUAGCAUGAUCUCCUUUGAGCUCGAAGUUAUCGGAUACACCAUCGCGUUGGCUUACUGUCUCCACAAAGGUCUUUCAUUCUCGGCUUACGGAGAGUUGCUGUUUCUUUUGAUCCAAGCUAUAAUAUUGGUUGCUGUAAUCUACUAUUACUCUCGACCUUUGAGUACAAUAACAUGCAUCCGGGCAUUGCUAUAUUCUGCUAUAGCACCCACUAUCUUUGCUGGUCAAAUUGAUCCUUUCCUCUUUGAAGCUCUGUAUGCAUCCCAGCAUGCAAUUUUUCUCUUUGCCAGGAUCCCACAAAUAUGGCAAAACUUUUCUAAUAAAAGUACUGGGGAACUCAGCUUCUUAACUUCUUUUAUGAAUUUUGCUGGUUCAAUGGUUAGAGUAUUCACAACUAUCCAAGAAAAUGCACCAAACAGUGUUCUCUUGGCUAUGCAAUUGGUGUCGCAACAAAUUUUACCAUCCUAAGUCAGAUAAUAUUAUACCAAAAACCCCAGGUCGAAAAGGAGAAGAAAACCAAGUAAUAGAACCGCAUCGAGUUGUGUAUAUCUUCAAUCUACUCAUCAAACGUCUUGUUUCAAGUUUAUACUGCUGAUAUAUUAAGGUAACCAUUAAUUCCAAAAGUAACAACUGAUUAUUAUCUUUUACUUUGGAUCCUGAGACACUCUUGCUUAAUUAUUUUAUCGUUAUUUAUCAAAGCUAAAAUUUAAAGGAUA